CGCUCGCUGUCCAGUGUCGAUCUCGACUCUCGCCUCGGUUUUCGUUCUGCAACGCUCUCGCGCGCUCCUUUUUCGCGACGGUCUAUUUUGCUUCGAAAGAUUUCCGCGAUCGCGGAUUCAGUAACGUUAUUGAAUACAUCACAGAGGGAGAAAAAGAGAAAACGGCAAAUCUUCAGUGAACACACAGAGAGUAAUUAGGACUUAAAAGGAUUCUCACAAUCGGAAGGAAAUUCAGCAGAUUUUGUAUUUCGAAAUUGGUCUCUCGCCGAGAGAUUACGUUCCGUCAUCUGCGUGAAGAUUAUAGAAGAAGAAACGCGCGCGAGAUAAUCCUAGGAUGUACUGUCUCAUCGUGCUGCGCAAGCAAAACGAGUUCUGUAGCUUCUUGUAAAACGAACAUGUACGAUCUUGUGUGAUUUGUGUCGUUUACGAGUGUCUCGCUUGAUUUCUCGUGGAACUUGAAGAGCAUGAGACAGAAACGAUUACUCGAUUUGAAAUAGUGUCAGUGAUAUAAAAGUUUUGGAAUUCCCGCGCGGAACGUUAUCUCGGGAAGAAGAUUUUUUUUAUCGGAGAUACACACGGUCUUCGUCGGCAGUUGCAAUUGUGGAGAGCCCGAUCGGUGAUUGGGAGGAGUUGCAGCAACAGCAGCAUCGUGUAAAUGUAGUGGCGACGGCCGACGCCUUUAUGAAUUACACGUCCGUGGACAGGUCCAGAAUGGUAUCGCACAUCGUACCUGUUUCUGGGGAGCUGCAGCAAGGAAAUGGCAACCUGAACACCGCAGGACUCGUCGUCAUAGAUGACGUUCAUUCCUUGAAGAUCAAACAGGAGCCAUUUCAGCUCUCGCCGCCGUCACCUCUACCGUCGCUUCAUCAAGUAAGCGGUUUCGAGCUGCAAAAUAGCUGCAUCGGUGGAACGAAGAACGUUGACUCGUCGGUUUCCAGCGGACUGAGUCGCGGGUUAACGUCGCAGCACGCUUCCCUGAGCCACCAUCAUCACCAUCACCAUCCCCAUCACAGUCUGCAUAGUCCCAACUCUGUGGUCUCUAUGCACUCUACCACUACCGCCGCCACCACUGGUUCGACGCAUCAUCAUCUGGACGAAAAGGGAUCGUCGCCGGUGGGCGCCCUCCACUCUACCACCAAUAGCAAUCCCCCUACACCGUCCGCACCUUCCACGCCCACCGCGGCCGCGACGGACGGCACCGCGAUCACAACCGUGUCCGGCACGAACAAUGCUAAUGGCACCAACAGCAAUACCACCGCCGCCAACAGCAAACCGCCCUUCAGCUACGUCGCGCUGAUCGCCAUGGCGAUUCAGCACAGCGCGCAGAAAAGGGCGACUCUCAGCGAGAUCUAUGCCUAUAUUACCGCCAAGUUUCCGUAUUUCGAGAAGAAUAAGAAGGGAUGGCAAAAUUCUAUCAGACACAACUUGUCCCUGAACGAGUGUUUCGUCAAGGUGCCCCGAGAAGGUGGUGGCGAGAGGAAAGGCAACUUCUGGACGCUUGAUCCACAUUACGAAGAUAUGUUCGAAAAUGGCAAUUAUCGAAGGCGAAGGCGAAUGAAGCGUCCUUACAGAAACGCGCCAUAUCACAAAUCGUUUUUCGGCGAUCCAUUUUCGACGACUCACGUACAUUUGGCACCUAAGAACAUUUUUGGACAUUCGCCCCCUUCAUACGCCCCUACCGCGUACACGCGGUAUGACACGAGCGCAUGGAGUCUGCAACAGUCGCAGCUAUCGUAUAGUCAUUGUCAAUCGCUGCAGCCGCAAUUGCAGCCGAUGCAGUCGAUGCAAAUCCCAACUAUGAACGGUUACGGUCAACUGGGUACCUCACUAAGUGAGUCACUAUUUUCGCACUUUGUACCCUCUUUUGCCGAGCGGGGUAAUGUCGAACGACCAGACAAAGCGUUUCAAGGCAAUUACCUGGAUGUUCCAGGUGGAACAGCCGGAUCGCCUGGUUCUAUGAGCAGCGGUUCCUUCGGUAGCAGCUUUGCUACGUGUAGCAGAAGGCACGAUUCCGCGAUGACCACGGAUAUGAUGCCCGGCAGAUGCUACUGGCCAGAGAUGGUGAACGUAAAGGAGGAACCCGGGACUAACACCGUAUCGACUGGCAGCGUCGGUGGCGUAGGUAUGCCAUCCGGCAUGAUGGGCUCUACGGGAUCGUCAAGCGUCUCCACAACAGGAUUUGCACCCAUGGAAUUCCAAACACGUUCCAAGUGCUUUAUGUGAACUGAGGAUUGGAGUAGCAGCACGAGCGACGAUUUGACAUCAUGGAGAUUGUAGAACGUGAUAUUGCGUGAUUCAGAACAAGUAGAGGCGUUAAAAAAACGCGAUCGUCGAUCGAUGGAGCCAUGAUCCAACGAACGGUAAGCGAUGCACGUGUGAAUACAUCUUGAUGACGCGCAGAGUUCCCAGAUUUGUAUUUAAUUAUCUGAUUCUUGAUUAAUAUACGGGAACAUUAGUCAGUAACUAUCGUAUGGUUGUUUGAAACAAAUCGCGUCAGAAAUUAUUAUAACGAUAUAGUGGAUCUCGCAGUGUGCUAAACACCCAUGUGAAAUUCGUGUAAUUGUCAUUUUUAUGUUGAUUUAAUGUUGAAAAUAGCUCGCGUUCGUUACAUGUGUUGCAUUUUACUAUAAGCGCACUCGUACACUGUUGAUAGCGCAUAUAAGCGAUAUGUGCGAUGCACGUGCUUGUCGUAACGAAAUAAUAUUAUGUAUACCGUAACGAUGAAAAUUUUUCGCGAAAAUGCGGCAAUGCACGCGCGCAACGCAUCUGUUACAAUUUCUAACAACUGUCGCGAGGAUUUCGCGUAAUGAGAACAAAGCGAUUGUAAAACGAUCUCUUAAACUUUAUUCUCGUUUCUUUUUUUCUCACGACAUAACAUUUCAAAAUACCUCUAUCUUCGUACAUAUAGUUUUCGACUGUUAGACAGUAUUUAAUAUCUACGUGAGAGAAGACGUGCUUGUUCAGGAAUGAAAAUGUCAUUCCGAUCGCAAUAGAGAAGAAACACACACAUGCACGAAUGUGUAACACGAAUUUAUCAACAAAAUUUUUGUCCUAAAGAUUAACAUGAAUAAUUAUUGAUAAUAAAAUUAUUUAUACCAUUAUUUGUAGAGAAAUAACGUGCAUGUUUUUUGCAUUUACACAUGUAAAGUUGCAUUUUUCAAUAUUAGGAUAUUAUUAAAGCAUUGCAACCUUAUGUAUAAAGACAUUUAUACAUAAUUAUGCCCCUGCCUGUAUGUAUACAAUACAUGCACGAUCGAGCGAUCGAAUGAUCUUUCAUUCUCUUUUUUAUGACGUGAACAUAUUUCGUAACACUCUACACAGCUUUUAAACGCAGAUUUACUGUAAGAAAAAAAGACGUCUUGUUGCAAAAAAUUCUUUUACAUACACACACACAUAUAUACAUAUAUGCACACACGC